UGCAGCGGGCGGAGCAGGGGAGGGGCGGGCCCCCGAAUAUGCAGAUGAGCGCGUGAUGGACAGCUGCGCGUUCCAAUGUCCCUCGGAAACUCGAGCGCUCCUUCCUCAACUCCUCACUCCCGACUCCAGACUCCCCCAAACCCCGACCGCCGGCCUGGCGCGCGGCUGCGCCCACCGGCUCCGCGCUGCUGCCGCCGCCACCGCCACCCCGCCGCCGCCCCGGCCCGCGGGCCGCCCAGGCUAGUACCCGGGCCGGCCUGCCUCCGCCCGCCGUCCGGGUGCCCGCCGCCGCGCCGCGCCCCGGCCGGGCGUGGAUGGAGGGCGCCGCGCGCCCUGCCCGCUGCUCGGCGUGACGCGGGCCCCGCGCCCCGCGCCCACCAUGUCCUACCCGCAGGGCUACCUGUACCAGGCGCCCGGCUCGCUGGCGCUCUACUCGUGCCCGGCCUACGGCGCGUCGGCUUUGGCGGCUCCGCGCAGCGAGGAGCUGGCGCGCUCGGCGUCGGGCUCGGCGUUCAGCCCCUACCCGGGCUCGGCGGCCUUCACGGCGCAGGCGGCCACCGGCUUCGGGAGCCCGCUGCAGUACUCGGCCGACGCCGCCGCCGCCGCCGCCGGCUUCCCGUCCUACAUGGGCGCACCCUACGACGCGCACACCACCGGCAUGACCGGCGCCAUCAGCUACCACCCGUACGGCAGCGCGGCCUACCCGUACCAGCUCAACGACCCCGCGUACCGCAAGAACGCCACGCGGGACGCCACGGCCACUCUCAAGGCCUGGCUCAACGAGCACCGCAAGAACCCUUACCCCACCAAGGGCGAGAAGAUCAUGCUAGCCAUCAUCACCAAGAUGACCCUCACCCAGGUCUCCACCUGGUUCGCCAACGCGCGCCGGCGCCUCAAGAAGGAGAACAAGAUGACCUGGGCCCCGAGAAACAAAAGCGAAGAUGAGGACGAGGACGAGGGCGACGCGACCAGAAGCAAGGACGAGAGUCCCGACAAGGCGCAGGAGGGCACGGAGACCUCGGCAGAGGACGAAGGGAUCAGCCUGCACGUGGACUCGCUCACGGAUCACUCGUGCUCGGCCGAGUCGGACGGGGAGAAGCUUCCGUGCCGCGCCGGGGACCCCCUGUGCGAAUCGGGCUCGGAGUGCAAGGACAAGUAUGACGACCUGGAGGACGACGAGGACGACGACGAGGAGGGCGAGCGGGGCCUGGCGCCGCCCAAGCCCGUGACCUCGUCGCCGCUUACCGGCUUGGAGGCGCCGCUGCUGAGCCCCCCGCCCGAGGCCGCGCCCCGCGGUGGCCGCAAGACGCCCCAGGGCAGCCGGACGUCUCCGGGCGCGCCGCCCCCCGCCAGCAAGCCCAAGCUGUGGUCGCUGGCCGAGAUCGCCACUUCGGACCUCAAGCAGCCGAGCCUGGGCCCGGGCUGCGGGCCACCGGGGCUCCCCGCGGCCGCCGCGCCGGCCUCAACCGGGGCACCGCCAGGAGGCUCGCCCUACCCUGCCUCGCCGCUGCUGGGCCGCCCCCUCUACUACACGUCGCCCUUCUACGGCAACUACACAAACUACGGGAACUUGAACGCGGCGCUGCAGGGCCAGGGUCUCCUGCGGUACAACUCUGCGGCCGCGGCCCCCGGCGAGGCCCUGCACACCGCGCCAAAGGCGGCCAGCGACGCGGGCAAGGCGGGCGCGCACCCGCUCGAGUCCCACUACCGGCCCCCGGGCGGCGGCUACGAGCCCAAGAAAGAUGCCAGCGAGGGCUGCACCGUGGUUGGCGGGGGCGUCCAGCCCUACCUAUAGAAGGGCCGAGCACAGCAAUGCAAGUAAGUGGGCACCCUGUUGCUUCCCAGACCCUCUGGAGCCUCCCAGCACCAACUUGCUUAAUGUGUUUUUCUUGCUUCUGGUCAUGGGGUUAGAAGACAGAGCAUUUCAAUCUUGUCCAGCUUUUCUUUCCUUAAGGGGGAAACUAUAUUUUCUGUUUUAUAGAUUCCCUCUUUUUGGCACAAGUUCUAUCACUCCUUUACCUAGGGAAGGAAAAAAUAUAUAUAUAUAUAUGUGUGUGUGUGUGUAAUAUAUAUAUGUAUAUAUAUGUACAUGUAUAUAUAUAGUACAUGUGUAUAUAUAUAUUACACACUACUGUUGUUUUCUUUUGAAACAAUAGAUUAUUAAAAUCUGGGCAUUUAUAUGCAAUUUAGAGCCAUUUUUACUAUGCUAGACACAUAAUAGACACAUACUUUGAUGAGCUUGGGCUACCAAAACUUGGAGUAGCAAAAACCUUUAUAGAUGAUGUUUGCAAAAUAAGACUGAAGAGACACGAGGCGUACUAGUCUUUUAUCAGCCCUGCCCAACCUCCCCUCCACCCAUGUCCAAGUGGACAGGACUCUGACAUUCUCCCGGGGCUCACAACAGUAUCUCAAAAAAUAUGUUGCUUUGCAACGAGUCAGAAUUACUAAUCAUAGAUCUUGAAGAUAAGAAAGAUUUGGAACCACUUCAGAUCAACUCGUUUUUAUAAUGGUGUUGUUGUGGAACUGAAAGAUUGGGGAUGAUUUGGUUUUUUCCUUGGUCCACAGGUAGGUGUCACAAUUGCUUUGAAAAAAAAAAAAAAAAAGUCAGCAGGCCAUUCUCUCUUCCCAAGCUCAUAAAUUUACAGAUACAACAAACAGAUGUCUAAAUCCAGACCACAUCUUGUGCCACUGUAAAAGAGAAGGAUCCACACAGCACUGUCAGCCCACAGACUCUAACAAUUGGAAGAGACUAUUGUUGGACAUAUGUGAAUUUGUUGGCAUAGUAUAGUUUCCCCGAUGUACGUGUGACUUUUGAAAACAAUCUGUUUUUCUCAGGAUAUCUUGAAUUGAUCACUUCAUUGCCACGGUAUAUAUUCUAUAGGUGUGAUAGGGUUUACUGUAAAGUUUCUUUGUAAAAGAUGUACACAGUAGAAAUAAAACGUGAUGGAAGAACUUGAGUACUUCAGAA